AUGGUGCAAAUUCACAAAACUCCGACAGAACUUCUUCACCUUUAUCGGAGUUUCCUUCGCCUCAGCUCUCGUUGGCCAAAAGAUCAUCUUCGUCCUGAUCGAGACUUGAAGAAAGUUAUUAGAAGCAGCGUUAAGGAAAAGUUUCGGAAGAACUCAAACGUGCAGGAACCGGAGGCGUUGACUACCUUGUACCAAGAGGCAGAACGAGAACUAGAUGCGCUGAAAAGAUUAUUGGAUAACGAGUUUAAGGCAAAAUAUCCACUCUCCCAAAAAAUCGCAUCGCCCGCCGAUAACCCAGCUUACUAUUCUGGUCUAAUGGAAGCCAUAGAUAAAGCUAUUAAUAAAAAGCUGCCGGAUAGCUCAAACGCUUGGUAUAAAAGGAUAUUUGGAUUAUGA